AUGAUUUGUUCAGCGCAUCACUUUUGUCAGCAUUACUUACCGCUGACGAGCUGCAAGUUACAUCGAAGCCGUCUGCCGAAGCAAGCUCAGCGCCCCAUUGCACGAGAAAAAAUUGCUCGGGCCAUGGAGUCGUUGUCAAAGAUCAACUGCGAAGAGCGUGACACAGAAGUCUUGACUUGGAUGACUGCAUAUGUUGUUGCAGUCGUUUGCUUGGCUGGCGCUUUUCUGGCAAGCUUUAGCAAGGACACAAUGAGCAGGCAGCUGUUCAUUAUCUUCGCUAUAGUUACUGCACUGGCCUUUGGUUUGGGCGGCACUUCCCAUAUGCAAAUUUUCAAGCUCCAGAGAGAGAACAGGAGUUGUGGGUCGUCAUGGCAAGAAGACAACCACGAGUGGAUGUAUACUUGGCUUUUCGCAGUGACUUUCGCACCUUUUUCUCCAGCUGCCCUGGCAGCUUUGGCAAUUAGCACCACAGAAAGCAGCGGCCGUGUCAUUGGCAUCAUGGCAGUCUUCGCGCUGGCCAUGGGAGUGGCUGCGUUCCAGAUCUACGAGUUCAUCAGCUCAGGUUUUAUCACCGCUGUGUACCCACGGAGCGUGAUGUUCGUUAACCUUUUGGUGGCCUUGCUGGUACCAGGGAUGGAGGCCCGGUUACGGAGGUCGUCUUUAGCUGCCAUGGCAAGCGCAUCCCUUUUCCUCAUUGGAGGAGGUUUCCAAGCGGCUUUCACCCUGGAGAAUUCGUCGUUCACGGAAAAUGCAAUGUGUCACGUGAUGGUCGCAAUCUCUGCAGCACUCGCAUGGUUUGCAAGCCAGGCCAAAUCCUUGGAGACAAGCAUAGUCGAAGACAGAUUUCAGCCUUACCGCGAAAUUAGAGAGGGAAAGGUAGAGGAGCCAGUGGAGGUUGACGAGCCUUGCUGCUUUUGCUUCAAGAAGAGGAGAGCACAGGACACGGAAUGGACUUACUUUCGUCCUUGAGUCAGAUGGAAGGCCCAUCAGGAACACACUUUCAAGAAAGCGCUGUCUCAGUGAGCUUGCACAUUCUGUUCAGAGCAGGCAAAGCUCCUGUCUGUCCAGGGAAGCGGCGUGUCGCAAUCCAACCGUGCCAGUCAAGUGGGCACGGCUCAAGACUUGCCGAUAGUGCAUCACCUGGGCAACUUUUUUGGGGGGGUUUGGGGCUGGACCGUGCCGCACCUCGCGGUGAAACUUGAACAAAAGAGCUUAUAAUACAGGAUUGUAGAAUGAGUUUCGGGGUCAGCGCGGAGUGAGAGCUGAUGAUUCCAUCCCGCGCAUUUUAUGAUGCGUCGGUGUUUUCAGCGCCCGUUUGCAUUGGAAGGCGGGCCAAUACUUGGUGCGCUUUUGGCUUUGUCGUCUUUAAGGGCCUUGUCCAAGAGUGCCUUAUAGCCGCGCCAAGAAAGUGUCCGACACGGGAAUUGUCAAACAACGGGCGCUCGUACCAAAGCGGAGUCCCUGAGAAGAAUGACUUUCAAAACUUUCCCGCGCGACUGUUUGAUAAUACGGUGCCAAAAUCCCCCUUGGAGCUUUCGCGUCAACCCGGUUUGUCCCAAAA